CGGUAAUAACAAACAGUAACUUCCAAAUCCAAUGUAGCGGGUGGAUUCUGACGAAAUCAUUCAAAGCGUGAACGGCGAACGAAGCAGUGGAGUCAAACGCUUGCGAUACGCGGCGGCGAGGAGGAGGAGGGUUUGUUCGUUACGGUUGCGUGCCACCAUCACUUUCUCUGCAACCUCAACAAGCCAAGAAUCUCUACAUACUCACUCCUGUACACAUUCUUCUUCCCUUUCCAGAUUACCUAUUUCUUCUCUUUCGCUCCACGCCAUGAUCUGCACAUAACUCCUGUUAUUGAAUCAGCUUUUCGAUUCGAAUUUCUCUGUAUUGCAAUGUUGAGCAAAACCUAGUGUGGUGGUGUACAUACAUUGGAUAGUUCAAUAUGUUGACUGACACCUCUGGAGCUCGGGAAAUUGUGAUAAUGGAUCUCGAUGAAGAAAGUUCGACAACAUCGGUUAGCAGGAGAGUGCCGGCAAUUCCAGGUCGGCCGGCACAAAAGGGAGCUUUCUAUCAGUUUACACAGCAGAACCUUCCAGCAUGUAAACCUGUCCUUACACCUAGAGCAGUCAUUGCUACGUUUCUAUUGAUGGGUUUCAUUUUCAUUCCUGUUGGACUUGUUACACUUCGUGCUUCGUAUAGUGUUGUUGAAAUUGAGGACAGGUAUGACAUUGAUUGUGUACCGGAUCAAUUUAAAAGUAAUAAGGUCGCAUAUAUCAAAGAUGACUCAAUCUCCAAAAACUGUUCACGAUUCUUAAAGGUACCUAAGCCAAUGAGAGCACCGAUUUAUAUCUAUUAUCAGCUUGAUAACUAUUACCAGAACCACCGACGGUAUGUAAAAAGUAGAAGUGAUCAGCAACUCUUACAUGGUCUUGGAUACAAUCACACCAGUUCUUGUAAACCUGUAGAGUCUUCUGAUAAUCUUCCAAUUGUACCUUGUGGGUUGAUAGCAUGGAGUAUGUUCAAUGAUACAUAUAUGUUCAAUCGUGGGCCAACAAAAUUGAAGGUCAAUAGGAAGAACAUUGCGUGGAAGAGCGAUCGCGAUCACAAAUUUGGAAAGCAUGUUUACCCGUUUAAUUUUCAGAAUGGGACAUUGAUUGGGGGUGGAAAGUUGGAUCAAAGUGUUCCUCUAAGUGAUCAAGAAGAUCUGAUAGUUUGGAUGCGUACUGCUGCUCUCCCCAGCUUCCGAAAGUUGUAUGGAAGAAUUGAAGAGGAUUUGGAUGCAGAUGAUGUUAUAGUCGUCCACCUAGAGAACAAUUAUAACACUUACAGUUUUGGUGGAAAGAAGAAGCUUGUUCUGUCGACAACAAGCUGGCUGGGAGGAAAAAAUGACUUCCUUGGAGUUGCCAAUUUACUUGUUGGAAGCUUUUGUAUAUUGAUCUCGAUCAUCUUCCUGUUGCUUCAUGUGAAAAAUCCUAGACCUUAUGGGGACACAACCUACUCAUCUUGGAAUAAGAAAAACACUGCUACCUGAUAAGGCAACUUGGUACACCAGUAAUACUUUCUUGUGGAAAAUGAGGACACAUAUUCUUGUUACAAAGGAUAUUGUAUUUAAUUGUAAAUGGUAAAGCAGAGUAAACAUCUCCUUUGGGUUUCAUUCUAAUGAAAGUAAUCCAUUAUUAGUGAGAUAGUAGUGAUGAAAGUUUGUGUGGUUUAUAUGUGGCCAUAAAAUCAAAGCUGAAGGCCUGCUAUUGUACUUAAAAUAACACUAUAUAGUCUUGUAUUUUCAAGUGUAGUUUUACAGAGUAGAGUUAGUUAAAGGUUUAUUAAUAGUGGGAGCAGACUCUUGGCUUCUUUUUUUUUCCCUAUCAAAAAAAAAUCAGUUAUGUUUUUCGUGA